GCGGAGCGGAGCGGAGGAUGUGUGACCGCAACGGGGGGCGGCGGCUGCGGCAGUGGCUGAUCGAGCAGAUCGACAGCGAGCUCUACCCUGGGCUCAUCUGGGAGAACGAGGAGAAAACCAUGUUCCGCAUCCCGUGGAAGCACGCCGGGAAGCAGGACUACAACCAGGAGGUGGAUGCCUCCAUCUUCAAGGCCUGGGCUGUUUUUAAAGGCAAGUUCAAAGAAGGUGACAAAGCAGAGCCGGCCACCUGGAAGACACGGCUGCGCUGUGCCUUGAACAAGAGCCCUGACUUUGAGGAGGUGACAGAUAGGUCCCAGCUGGACAUCUCUGAGCCCUACAAGGUCUACAGGAUUGUGCCAGAGGAGGAACAGAAAUGCAAAGCAGGGAUUGCCAAUGGGAGCAGCCUGAAUGACAUCACGGAGAUGGACUGCAGCUCCUCUGCCAUUGAUGACCUGAUUAAAGAGCCCCCCUGUGUUGAUGAGUACCUGGGGAUCAUCAAGAGAAGCCCCUCACCCCCCCAGGAGACCUGCAGGAACCCCCCAAUACCCGACUGGUGGGUGCAGCAGCCCAGCCCUGCGUUGCCCCUGAUGAAUGGCUACUCUGGCUACGAGCAGCAUCAUUCAGGUUACUCCCAGAUGGUGAUCACCUUCUACUACGGGGGGAGGCUGGUGGGCCAUGUCACCACCUCGUGCCCUGAGGGCUGCAGGAUCUCACUCAGCCAACCCUCCAGCCAUGGUGAGAAGCUCUAUGCUCCAGAUGCCCUGGAGCACGUGGGGUUCCCCUCAGCUGAUGCCAUCCAGAAUGACCGCCAGAAGCAGAUCACCAGGAAGCUCUUCGGGCACCUGGAGAGGGGUGUCCUGCUCCACAGCAACAAGCAGGGCAUCUUCAUCAAGAGGCUGUGCCAGGGCAGGGUCUUCUGGAGUGGGAACACCAUGGUCUACAAGGACAGGCCCAACAAACUGGACCGGGAUGAGGUGGUGAAGAUAUUUGACACCAACUUAUUCUUCAGAGAGCUGCAGCAGUUCUACAACAGCCAGGGCCGCUUCCCAGAGAGCAGGGUCAUGCUGUGCUUUGGAGAGGAGUUCCCAGAUGCUCUUCCCCUGCGGAGCAAACUCAUCCUUGUCCAGGUGGAGCAGCUGUGUGUCAGGCAGGUGGUGGAUGAGGCUGGGAAGACCUGCAGCAGCAGCAGCCCCAUGCUCCCCAUAGCUGAUGAGACACAGCAUGACCAGGUGUACAGGAUCUUCCAGGACAUCUGCACGACACACCAGCGACCCUUCUUCAGAGAACACCAACAGAUUGCUGUCUGAGCCUCCUCCACAGACAGAGCAGGGUGGUUUGGGUUGAUCUCAACCCAGUUUGGUCCUAUUAGUGCCUAAAUUCCCCUUUUGGAAAGUUGGUUUUUUUGUUCUUUGCUGUUCCCAGUCCAGAAUCUGUACAAAUACAGCAGGAGAAAUUGCCAGGAGAAAGGAGGUCAGAUCUUGGUGUCUGUCCUGCAGACACUUUACUGUUUAAAAAUGACUUUUGUACCCAGUCCUGAUCCCCUUGUCUACAGCUGGUGCCAGGGGAGCAGGGAAUGGUCUGGCUGUGCAGGCAGGUCUGGGCUGGCACUGCUUUGUGUUGCCUUUGGUAAUGGCCAGUCAAGCAGAACUAAAAAUCAACACCUCUAAGGACCUGCCUUGCAGCUCAGACCUUGCCAAGAAUACCAAUUUGGUAGGAGAUGAAUCUUGAAAAAGCCUUAAAAUGCUCAAAUGUAGGAAAUUCUUCCCAGAAAUCAGGUUUUCUUCCCCCAAAGAGCCCUGCUGGUGGAGGACAGGGAAUGCCUUCCCAGGAGAACCUUCUCAAAUCCCUCUCUUUUUGCUGUGAGGUUAAGGCUGGAUGUCUGUCUACCAAAGUAUUUUGAAACUUGGAGAUGAAUGCAGAUACUACAUGUGUAAAUCUUGAUUAUAAGAACUUAGGAAUCUUCAUUUUUCCCAACUAGAGACAGUUUUAGAGAAAAUAUCUCCAAUUUUAAAAGAUAGUGUGACUAGGUUGGCUUCACCCUCCCCAGUGUGUGGGUUGGUCUCUCCCAGGUGUGACCAGGCAGCAGCAUCUGUGUGGAAAUCUUCAUUAACCCCACUCCCUGUGUGUCCCCAGCCCCAGGGAGCUGCCUGGGCAGGGGGCUUGUGCCUUGCAGCUGCCACAAGCCAGGACCCCCCCACCCCUGACAUGUCCCUGCUCCUAUGCUGCCUAUUUAUUUUAUUCCUCAGGUUUAGUAAUUGUUUUGUGGAAUUUUUUUAUCUUCCUGCAAUUAAAAUGCUAUAUUUUGUA